AGAUGGCGACUGCACGAAUGCUAGGACUUAUCCAUCUGGAAAUGACUUGUUCCACUCGUAAGCACACAUCCCACUAGUCCUCGUCCGCUGUUAGUGUUAGCGUCCAGACUGUGAUGCUUUUCUUGUUGAAUCCUUCUUUAGCUCCGCAGCGCUAGCAAUGGCCAAGCUGCUUCAUCUCCUGGUCAUCCUUCCCCUGCUUCUCCUCCUCGUCUCGGUUUCCCUUGCCGCCAAUGCCCCCCCCGGCUUAAAGUAUGGCGCCAAACGCGCCAAAAAUGACACGGCGGUUGCACGUCGCUCCCCGCCACUGCCGCCCGCUGGAACCGCGGCCCCUCGAUCGAAGCCGCAGGGCAAGACCGUUCGCGCGCCCGCUUCUCCCGCGAAGAAGCGCGCAAGCCCGGCGACAGGCAGUCCGAGGCGGAGCCCCGCAACGGCGAAGAGAGGGCGGAAGGUGCGCGUGCCGCGGACCGGUACGACGGCGGCAAGCAGCAGCCUGAGCCUGAUUACGCUGCCCAAUAACCAAUACAACGCCAAGUGUCUCGACGGCAGUCCGCCGGCGUACUAUCUGCGCACGGGGUACGGCGCGGGCGCCAGCUCGUGGGUGAUCUACCUGCAGGGCGGCGGCUGGUGCACGUCCGUCACCGCGUGCGCCGCGCGCGCUAAGACCGUGCUCGGCAGCUCCAACUUCUACCCGCAGCCGUCCGAUCCCAACUUCAACAAGAUCAUGCAAGGGUACGGCAACGCGUUCACGGGCAUUCUGAGCAACAACUCGGCGGAGAACCCCGACUUUUACAACUGGAAUCUCGCCAUGGUCGUCUACUGCGACGGCGGCGGCUUCGCCGGCACGCGGCGCCAGUACGACAUGCCCACGGGCGGGUCCAUCCACCUGGACGGCUCGCGGGUGUUCAAGUCCGUGCUCGAAGACCUGUACAAGCGCGGGUUGCUGCAGGCGCGCAGGGUGUUGUUCACGGGGUGCUCGGCGGGCGCGCAGGCCGUGUCGUCCAUGUGCGACCGCGUGGCGACGUAUCUGCCGCCGGGCUCCGUCAAGUGCAUGAUGGACGCCGGCUUCUUCCUCGACGGGUGGGACGUGACAGGGCGCAUGUACUUCCGCGACCUGUCCAUGCGCUUCACCGAGCUGCACCGCCCCGCCGUCGAACAGGGCUGCGGCGACGCGUACACGGGGUCGACACAGUACUGGCGGUGUUUCUUCCCCCAGUACAACGUGGAGUUCAUCGACACGCCGCUGUACAUCGUCAACUCCAUCAACGAUUACGCCGCCAUCGAGAUCCUCAACUACGCGCAGAACACCUCCAACAACAUCCUCAAGUGCCUCGGCGAGAUAGCCCCCAAUGGCGGCAGCGGCGGCUAUGUGCCGCGCACCACGCGCAACCUGCUGGCCAGCGCUGCGGGGAAAGGCCGCAGCAGCAGGAGCAGUGGCGGUGGUGGGCAAGUGGCCAACUCAUCUUGCACGGUGAAGGCACAGGCAGCGCUGAAGAGCUAUUCCACACGCAUGCUCAAGCGCAUUCAGAGCCUUGUGAGGCGACGGCCGCAGCUGGGCAGCUACUUGCUUGGGGCCAGUGCCCACUGCACCACCAUCUACCCAACGUGGAGCAACGUUCACCGCAAGGGAGUGUACCUUAGACAGGCCAUCGCUGACUGGUACUUCAAAGGCGUCUAUGGUGUCACCGGCGCCUCUAACGGUAAAGCCUAGGGAGGAAACGGUCGGUAGAAUAAGAACAUAUUGAACACAAAACACUCUUUUGCUAGGAAAAGAGUUGAUUUGUUGAUAGGCUUAGGCUCUCUGAUGUAGUAACCUAACAUAUUGUAUCACAUCAUUUUAUACAGCUUCCCU